AUGCUCACCAGACGGCUCGCCACACUCUCCCCCCUGACCAUUCGCCCCCAGCUCGCCUCCACCCUUCCACGCCCAACGGCAGCAGCAGUGGCAACAAGCCCCGUACGGCCCCUUUCCACCACUCAAGCCCGAUCCUCAGGCGGCAGCGACGACCACAGCUCCCACUACGACCCGCCGGGCGGCUGGCUCUGGGGGAUCCGACCAGGCGAGAAGUACGAGAAGGAGGGCUGGGAGAAUCUGUUCUUCUACGGCUUCUACGGCAGUAUCGGCUUGGCGUGUGUGGCUUAUGCUUUUAAGCCGGAUACUUCGAUACAAACAUGGGCGCUUGAGGAGGCGAGGAGACGGUUGGAAAUCGAGGGCAUCUUGGAGGAUCCGGAGAAGAAGUAG